ACGUGCUCUAUGCCUCCUGGAUAGUAUGGCGUGCUUGCUAGGUAGUCACCAAACAAACUUGUAAGAAUAUCAACUCCUUUCUGUAAAUGUAAAAACAGAUCGUCCCUCCUCCUCCUCCAUUUCCAUGGCUACUACUAACACCGAUCCUACGACCACCCGAACUGUCCUUGAACCACUUCUCACCUUCGAUCCCACCCUUCACUCUCAUACUUCAAUAAAAUCCAUUGCAACGAAUUCUCAAUCUUUCAUUUACCUAGGCACUUCUUCUGGUUCCCUUCUCUUGCUCUCCAUAAACCCAGAUACCCCAAAUGACAAAACCCCCUCCACCAAAGAUCCGAACUCGACUUUGGAUUUUGAUGUUCCUUCUCGAAACGUCUCGUUCAUAAAAUCCGUUUCUGUUGGUGACUCGGCUGUAGAAACGGUUCUUUUGCUUGAUGAGACUGGAAAGGUUAUUGUUCUCUCUGAUGGAUUUUUGUUCUUGACGGAUUCGGGCUUGGUUCAACCCGUUAGGAAACUGGGGUUUUUGAAAGGGGUUUCUUUUAUCACUAAGAGAGUUAAGAGUAGUGAAUCGGAGUGUAGUGAUUUACUCGGUUUAAGUAGUUUGGAGGGUGCGAGUACGAGUUCUCGAAUUUUGAGCAGAUUAGGAGGUGGAGUUAGAGCUAAUGGGGUUAAAGAUUUUGUGCAAAAAAUUGAGGGUGAUUAUGUUUUUGCUGCUGUGGUUGGUAAAAAAUUGAUGUUAAUAGAGCUUAGAGUUGGGAAGAAUGACAAGGAAGUUGAUUUGAUGGUUUUGAAAGAAAUGCAGUGUAUUGACGGGGUUAAGACAUUAGUUUGGAUCAAUGAUUCCAUAAUUGUUGGCACUGUCAUCGGGUAUAGUUUGUUUUCGUGCAUUACGGGCCAAAGUGGGGUGAUUUUUACAUUGCCUGAUGUGUCUUGUUUGCCAUUGCUCAAGUUGUUGUGGAAAGAAAAGAAGGUGUUGUUGUUGGUGGAUAAUGUUGGGAUUGUUGUUGAUGCGCAUGGGCAGCCAGUUGGAGGGAGUUUGGUGUUUCGUAAGGGUCCAGAUUCUGUUGGGGAGUUGGCUUCUUAUGUAAUGGUUGUGAGGGAUGGGAAGAUGGAGUUGUAUCAUAAGAAAUUGGGUGGUUGUGUACAGACUGUUAGUUUUGGUAGUGAAGGAUUUGGGCCAUGUAUUGUUGCGGAUGAGGAAAGUGGAAAUGGGAAACUUGUUGCUGUUGCGACGCCCACCAAGGUUAUUUUCUACCGGAGAGUACCUACUGAAGAACAAAUCAAAGAUCUGUUGAGAAAGAAAAACUUUAAGGAAGCCGUCUCCUUGGUGGAGGAGCUUAAGAGCGAUGGUGAAAUAUCUAAUGAAAUGCUAUCCUUCGUUCAUGCUCAAAUAGGGUUCCUGCUGCUUUUUGACUUGCAUUUCGAGGAAGCAGUUAACCACUUUCUGCAGUCAGAGACAAUGCAACCUUCUGAAGUUUUUCCAUUUAUAAUGCGAGACCCAAAUCGCUGGUCACUGCUGGUUCCUAGGAACCGAUACUGGGGUUUGCAUCCUCCCCCUGCUCCUCUUGAAGAUGUUGUAGAUGAUGGGUUGAUGGCUAUCCAAAGAGCUAUUUUCCUUAAAAAGGCAGGUGUAGAUACUACAGUCGAUGAAGAUUUUCUUUUGAAUCCACCAACUAGAGCUGAUUUACUUGAGUUGGCAAUAAAAAAUAUGAGCAGAUAUCUUGAGGUUUCUCGUGAAAAAGAAUUGACUUUGUCAGUGAAAGAGGGAGUUGACACACUUCUAAUGUACCUCUAUAGAGCCCUAAACCGCAUUGAUGAUAUGGAAAAGCUUGCAUCUUCUGGAAACAGCUGUAUCGUGGAGGAGUUAGAAACCCUGUUAGAUGAAUCUGGGCAUUUACGGACUCUCGCCUUCUUAUAUGCAAGUAAAGGGAUGAGCUCAAAGGCUCUUACCAUAUGGCGCAUUUUGGCAAAAAAUUAUUCUUCUGGUCUAUGGAAAGAUCCUGCUCGGGAGCAUGAGUUUCUGGAUGGCAAUACAAAUGUUAUUUCUGGCAGAGAGGUUGCUGCAACUGAGGCAUCAAAAAUUCUUGAGGAGCUGUCUGAUCAGGAUUUGGUUUUGCAACAUCUUGGAUGGAUUGCAGAUGUUAACCCAUUACUCACAGUUCAAGUUUUGACAUCAGAGAAAAGAGUAGACCAGCUUUCACCAGAUGAAAUAAUUGCUGCCAUUGAUCCAAAAAAGGUUGAAAUUCUCCAAAGGUAUCUCCAAUGGUUGAUUGAAGAUCAAGACUCUGGUGACACACAGUUCCACACGCUAUACGCGCUCUCACUUGCAAAGUCAGCAAUUGAAACCUUUGAAGUGCAAAGUACCUCCCAGGAACCUGAUGAUGGAAGGCUGGAGGAAACAAAAAUUUCUGAUCCUGGAGGAAACUCAAUCUUUCAAAGUCCUGUACGAGAAAGGUUGCAGAUAUUCUUACAGUCAUCAGACUUGUAUGAUCCGGAAGAUGUUCUUGACUUGAUUGAGGGAUCAGAGCUUUGGCUGGAAAAGGCGAUUCUAUACAGAAAAUUAGGGCAAGAGACUUUGGUGCUGCAAAUUUUGGCCUUGAAGCUGGAGGACAGUGAAGCUGCUGAACAGUAUUGUGCAGAGAUUGGAAGACCAGAUGCCUAUAUGCAGUUACUUGAUAUGUAUUUGGAUCCACAAAAUGGUAAAGAGCCCAUGUUUAACGCUGCCGUUCGACUUCUGCAUAAUCAUGGAGAAUUACUGGAUCCUUUGCAAGUUCUAGAGACACUGUCCCCAGAUAUGCCCCUCCAACUUGCCUCAGAUACAAUACUAAGAAUGUUGAGGGCUCGGCUUCACCAUCAUCGCCAAGGACAAAUUGUUCAUAAUCUGUCCCGUGCUCUAAAUGUUGACGCAAAACUUGCAAGAUUGGAGGAAAGAUCGCGGCAUGUACAGAUAAAUGAUGAGAGCCUUUGUGAUUCUUGUCAUGCCCGGUUAGGAACCAAACUGUUUGCAAUGUACCCAGAUGACACUGUUGUUUGUUACAAGUGUUUCCGUCGACUGGGAGAGUCCACUUCUGUCACAGGUCAUGACUUCAAGCGAGAUCCACUGAUCAAGCCAGGUUGGCUUGUGACACGCUAAUCUAGAAAUGGUUUUUGUGUAUCAGAAUAGAAAGAUGGUUUACGAAGGUGGUGUCUGUUCUUGACAGUCAUACUUUACUGACUUGAGACACAGAUGUCAUUGCAGCUGCUCCUUUUCUUCUCCCUUCAUUUUGGGUUGAGGAGUGGGGAGCUUCCCCUUUCUCGUACAGGAGGAACAUGCUCUUUGAACUACAAAACCUCGUUCCUGGUAAAGGAAGUAGGUAAUGAUGAAGCUCAUUUGUAGCUUGCCUAAUGGAGAGCUCUAUAUAGACUCCCUGGUAGUUAAAGGUUGGUGGUCUCCAAUUUUCAGAAAAUGAGUGGUUUGGUUAACCUUGUUGUAAUAAAUUGCUCUUCGUGUACUCUGUUGAUGUCACAAUAUUUUUUUACUGAUCUCCUCUUAUCUGCCUGCUGGUUAGAGCCGAGAUUGCUUUGAAGUUUGAGAAAUUCCAUUGAAUUACAUCU